CUUAGGGCACUUCUUCUUCUUCUUCUUCUUCUUCUUCUUCUUCUUCUUCUUCUUCUUCUUCUUCUUUCUGUAUCACUUCCCUAAGUCCACCACAGUUCAAAUCAGUUCUCUGUUUCCAUUGAAACCGCACGAAGCUCUAAGCAAUUAGCGUCUGUUCUUUGCUGGGUCUUUUUCUUGUAGGGCCAGUUAAAUCGAUAUGAAUGGCGAGGGGAGCCGAGGAGAAGAUGAGAUCGUGGGGAUGGAAGAGGAUGUUAAGGACAAGAAGAUUGUUUUUAUGUGGGGGUAUCUUCCCGGAGCUUUACCUCAGAGGUCGCCCUUGCUGUCGCCGGUGGUCGUUCGACUUCCGGGAAAAGAUGCUACUGACGGUCAUGGUUGGAGGGAUGUUUGUGGUGGUGGCUGCGGGUUCGCUGUAGCCAUUUCUGCAACUGGAAAACUCAUUACAUGGGGCGCAACGGAUGAUCUUGGUCAAAGCUAUGUCACCUCUGGGAAGCAUGGGGAAACUCCAGAGCCCUUUCCUCUUCCAACAGAAGCUUCUAUAGUAAAAGCAGCUGCAGGUUGGGCCCACACUGUUGCUAUUACAGACAGUGGAGAAGUCUACACAUGGGGAUGGAAAGAAUGUGUUCCUUCUGGAAAGAUCUUUGGUGAUCUGUCUGCUGGGGCUGCCUAUGAAAGGGAUGUAUUAGAGAGGCAGUCUUCUUCCGUGAUAGAUCAAGUCAGCCCUCGUUUACAAGCUUCACGAUCUACUGGUGUCGUCUCCAGUAUUGAAGCUAGAGCUGGUGGAGCAGAAAGUACUAAGAGGAGAAGGGUUUCAUCAGCAAAGCUUGCAGCUGAGAGUUCAUCAUCAAGUGAUGAGACUCUCUCUGCAGUUCCCUGUCUUGUUACUCUUAAUCCUGGCGUUAGAAUCACCUCGGUUUCUGCAGGAGGGCGUCAUACAUUGGCUUUGUCAGAUAUGGGACAGGUCUGGGGUUGGGGCUAUGGUGGAGAAGGACAGCUAGGUUUGGGCUCCCGCAUUCGUAUGGUUUCCUCUCCACAUCCUAUACCUUGCAUCGAGUCCUCUUCUUUUGGCAAAGAUAGAUCUGCAGCUCUUGCUCGAGGAAGUGCAAGCUUUGAGGGUCAAGGUAGUAGAAUUCCUGGAAGCUAUGUGAAGGGAAUUGCUUGUGGAGGGCGUCAUAGUGCAGUAGUGACAGAUGCGGGGGCACUGCUGACUUUUGGUUGGGGGCUAUACGGACAGUGUGGGCGAGGGUGUACAGAUGAUGAGUUAAGUCCAACAUGUGUGUCCUCAUUACUCGGCAUUCGGAUCGAGAGUGUUGCUGCUGGACUGUGGCACACAGUCUGUAUAUCCUCCGAUGGAGAUAUAUAUUCAUUUGGUGGAAAUCAAUUUGGGCAGUUAGGAACGGGUGCUGAUCAAGCCGAGACACUUCCAAGACUUCUAGACGCACCGAGUGUGGAAAAUGUAAAUGCAAAGGUUGUAUCAUGUGGGGCUCGUCAUAGUGCUAUAGUAUCAGAGGAUGGAAAAGUGUUUUGCUGGGGAUGGAACAAGUACGGCCAGCUAGGUUUGGGCGAUGUAAUCGACCGCAAUAUUCCAGUCGAAGUCCCAAUGGAGAAUUGCACUCCUAAAAAUGUUGCAUGCGGAUGGUGGCACACCCUUCUUUUGGCUGAAUCGCCCACCUAAAUUCCUAUCCUCUGUCCUAGCUUCAACAAAGUUUUGUUAGUUUAGCUGCCCCUUCUUUGAUAAUGGUAGAUUCAUUUUGUAAAUGCAUAGACAAUAGCUUUUCAUCCAUAUGCAUGUACAUUCAUCAUUCAUGUAUGUACUCAUUCUUUAAUGGUUAGAGGCUAUCAUAUUAGGAAGAAAUUUUACAUAUAUAAAUGCUGAUGGGGACAGGAGAUACCAGUUCCUGAUUGAGGUAGAUUAUUUGUAUACCAUACAUUAUAAAGUUAGAACCAUAAGGAAGACCAUCAUUAUCAGAUGUUCACUUUCUUCUA